GCACUAUUGUCGAUAUCUCAACAAUAGUAGUUAAGAAAACAUGUUACGCAUUUUUCUUCUCUGGUUUUUGAUGCAAAUUACAAGUGGUGCUCGAAUUUUAGCGGUUAUUGGUAAUCCGUCAUAUAGCCACCAACUCUUCUACAGACCUAUAUGGUUAGAACUCGCAAAAAGAGGUCACGACAUAGUUCUCCUUACCACAGAUCCCAUGGCAGAAGUUCCAACCAAUAUCAAACAAAUAAAUUUGCACUUUGCGUACGACAUUAGACAUAAUAAGUACGACCUAGCAAAAAAAAUGAGAGACUGUAAUUUUAAUAUAUUUACAUUAAUGAACAGUUUUCAGAGCAUGUUUCAUGAUAUUGUCGAUAAGGAAUUGUCAUCUCCAGAGGUUCAAAUUUUAAUACGUAAUAAAAAUGAACAUUUCGAUCUAGUCAUAACAGAGUAUUUACCAGCGACACUGACAGCAUUUUCGGAGAGAUUCAAAUGUCCGUUUAUUACGAUAUUUUCUACCGAAGUUGAUAACUAUUACCACCAGGUAUUAGGGAACAUGCUAAAUCCCGUCCUAUAUCCAGAACUAAUGGCCCCUUACGAGAUUAAUCUUAAUUUUGAACAAAGACUGUCUAGUACCUUGUAUUGGCUCUAUAACAGUUUUUAUAAACAGUCUAGUUGGGACAGAAUGGAUGACGCCUUGCUGAAGAAACAUUUUGGACCAUUACCACCAUUGAAGGAAAUUGUUAGAAAUGUAAGUGUAGUGCUUGUAAAUUCUCAUCAUGUUUUUAGUUCCAAACCCAUGGGUCCUGGAUUUAUUAGAAUAGGAGGUGGUUUACAUGUAAGCCAGAAGAAUGAGUUACCAAAGGAUAUUAAGACAUUUUUAGAUUCAGCGGUCGAAGGUUUAAUAUAUUUCAGCUUAGGCACUAACGUAAGGAGUAGAAAUAUUCAACAGAAUAGUUUAAACACAUUUUUGAAUGUAUUCAGACGUCUACCCUUUAAAAUUCUGUGGAAAUUAGACGCUGAUAUCCCAGAUAUACCUACUAAUGUUAAAAUUAUUAAAUGGGUGCCCCAACAAGAUGUUUUAAAACAUAAAAAUGUAAAGUUAUUUAUAACCCAAUGUGGAGCUCAAUCCAUGGAAGAAUCCAUACUUGCAGAAGUACCCCUUUUGGCCAUACCGUUUGUUAGCGAUCAAAAAAUGAAUUCUCAAAAAAUCGUUAACAGAGGAUUGGGUAUAGAAAUUGACAGAACAACUAUGACAGAUCAGAUUUUGUAUGAAUCCAUCAUGGAACUGAUAAAUAACGAAAGUUACAAGAAAAGAGUCAAAAAAACAGCAAUGCUUCUUAAAGAUGAACCAAUGUCUGGUUUAGAGAAGGCAAUAUGGUGGAUCGAAUACGUCAUCAGACACAAAGGAGCAAAACAUCUUUGGCAUCCAAACUUAGAUUUACCGCUUUACAAGUAUUUUUUAUUAGAUGUUUUUGGAUUUCUGUUGUUAGUCAUUUUUGUCUUAAGUUAUAUGAUAUACAUGGUCUGUAACUUUUUAAGAAAAAAGUUCGUAAGCAGCAGUAAAGUUGUUGUGAAAGCCAAAAAAUGUUAAUUGUCUAAUAUAAACGUCGUUAAGUAUUCAGACAAUCGAAAUUAAAUCUUAUUAAAUG